GACUAACCUGUGGUCCUGUGGGCUCAGGGCUGUAGCCUGUGCAUAACGUAUAACCCCAACUGUGUCUGAAAUCUGAAUCCUUUUAUUAAAUGUUUGUGGUAAUUUUUAGAAACAAAACCUAACGUAAAACUAUAUAUGCUACUUAUUUCCAAACAUACAAAGAAAACAGAUAGCUUUGUUUAAAAUGUCUAAAACAAGCAGUGGAAAGGGAACAAAAUCCAAGUCCAAUGAGGAGGUAUUCGCAGGUUUUCAAACUCUUCGAAAUGAACAAAGACAAUUAGCAAAUAAAAUUUCAGAAUUAGAAAUGGAUCUAAAUGAGCACAAAAUUGUAAUAGAAACUUUACAAGCGGUGGAGCCAAAACGCAAGUGUUUCCGUAUGAUCGGUGGAGUAUUAGUUGAGCGCACAGUCGCCGAAAUACUACCAGAGCUUGAGACUAACUUGGAAAGGUUACCAAGUGCAAUCGAGACACUUAAUGAACAAUUGGCCCAUAAAGGACAAGAGAUCAACGAUUAUAUAGAGAAACAUGACAUCCGAGUGCAGCGUGGGGCUCAGCAGCCAACAGAAGCACCCUCACAGGACUCUUCAAAUGCUAAAUCCAAUGUUCUUGUUGCAAGUGGUUAAAAUUAUUCUGAAUCCUUUAUUACUUUCGAGCUUGUUUGUAACAAAAAUAAAUUCAAUUGAUUAAACAUGUAACAUGUGA